AUGGUUCUGCGCACGUUUGUGCGACACCGCUACAUUAUAGCUCCGGUACGCGCUGCUUUUGCUGCCACCAAUUUGCUGAUUCAAUCUCGCAUCGUCCUGAUUUCCGGGGCGUUUCCGGGGCGCCGUCCUCAUUUCGAGGGCGGGACAAGCCACACCCCUCCCUUUCUCAUCCUCCUUUCUCUCGUCCUCUUCCUGCUCCUGCCUUUCAUUAUUCUUCUGCUGGUGCUGCUCGCCUUGUCCUCCUUCUCUCGAUUUCUGCCACAGUGUCGCCGCUCCGAAGCAUUGCUCACUGUACAGAGUCUUUUCUCAGGGGAGCAGGAGGAGGACGAGCAGCAGCUGCUAUCAUCCGUUUAG